GCAGACGUGACAAAUCCGGGCGCUCGCCGCCGCGGACGACCCUGUCCGUUUCCGGCUGGGUUGGACCGACGCACCCACUCUCUCCUCUCAUCCACCCAAAUCCAACCAACUCCCUCCGACACCAUCAUCCGCAUCCCCCUCGCCGCCGCCGCCGCCGCCGCGGGCUCCGAGCCUCCCACCAGGCCAGCCGGGGUGGGUGGAAAUUCCUGAUUGGUGAUGAUGAGCUUCAGGGACUGGAUCUCGUACCGGCUCGGCUCGUCGGUGCUGUCGGCGAGGCCCUUCUCGCUCUCCGCCCACCACGACGGCGCCGCCGCCCAGCCCGGGGGCGAUGGGGAUGGCGUGAUGCAAAAUGAGAUUGUAGAAACUGUGUCUGCCAAUAGAUUUCCAUCUAAUGAUAUCCGCGCAUCAGAUUCAGAGGUCACAUCCAGUCCAUCUUAUGAACCAGAUCAUGAUAGCACAAAGUCAGAUCCACUAAAGCAUGUUGAGGCUCUUCAAAUUAAGUUCCUGCGGCUUGUGCACAGAACUGGAGUGCCUCCCACUACUGAUGUUGUCGCACAGGUACUGUACAGAUUGCACCUUGCCAACUUGAUUAAAGCUGGCGAAUCAGAUUCCAAGAGAACCAACCUUGCUAUCAACAAAGCCAGAGUUAUAGCAGCAGAGCAAGAAGCACCAGGUGGACCUGAUUUGGACCUGCCCUUGCGAAUUCUUCUACUUGGAAAGACUGGUGUGGGAAAGAGUGCCACGAUAAACUCCAUUUUUGAUGAACCAAAGGUUGCUACCAAUGCAUUAGCUCCUGCUACUGAAAGGAUAAGGAGGAUUGAUGGAACAAUCAAAGGAAUAAGAGUUACAGUUAUCGACACACCUGGUUUGUUGCCUCAUUACCAUAGACAGAGGAAGAACAGGAAGAUUUUACAUGCUGUCAAGCGCUUCAUUAAAAGAUCACCACCUGACAUCGUCUUGUACUUCGAGCGACUCGACCAUAUUAACAGUAGAUACUGUGAAUACCCGCUGUUGAAGCUCAUAACUGAUAUCUUGGGUUCUUCGAUGUGGUUCAACACUGUCCUUGUGAUGACUCACUGCUCUUCAUCUCCUCCUGAAGGACCAGAUGGUUAUCCUCUGGAAUAUGACUCCUAUGCCCGUUAUUGCAAGAAUGUGGUGCAGCGUCAUAUCCAGGUGGCUGCUUCUAACACACAGAUGGAGAACCCUGUAGUUCUUGUUGACAAUCAUCCAAUGUGCCGACGGAACACCAAAGGUGAAAGAGUUUUACCUAAUGGGAAGGUAUGGGUAUCAGAACUUUUACUGCUAUGUGGGGCGACCAAGUUGUUGGCAGAAGCAAAUUCCUUGCUUAAGUUCCAAGAUAGCUUCCUUCUGUCACAAGCAAAUACCAGACUGCCUUCACUGCCUCAUCUUCUUUCAUCACUCCUUAAACCUAAUCCAUCAUCAAGAUCAGAAGAUGUUGGCAUUGACAUGACCGAAGUGUCAGAUGAUGAGGAUGAAUCUGAUCAGCUACCGCCAUUCCGUGUUCUGAAGAAAUCUGAAUAUGAAAAAUUGUCAAAAGAACAGAGAUCUGCAUAUCUUGAUGAACUAGACUAUCGUGAAACUCUGUACCUAAAGAAACAGUGGAAGGAGGGAAUUAGGAGGCAAAAGCUUGUUGAAGCUCAAAAUGUUGAUGCAUCAAAUGCUGUUGGUGAUGAUUACGAAGAAAGCGUGUCCCCAGAGGUUGUGCACAUGUCAGAUAUGGAAAUUCCGUCAAGUUUUGACUCUGAUUAUCCAGUCCAUCGCUACCGUUACCUUAUUACUGAUGAUAUGGUGUUCAGACCAGUUUUAGAUCCACAAGGAUGGGACCAUGAUAUUGGAUUUGAUGGGAUCAAUUUUGAAGUAUCUCAAGAUUUAGAAAAGAAUACCACUGCAUCAAUUGCGGGGCAGAUGAGAAAGGACAAAGAAGACCUGUAUAUCCAAUCAGAAUGUUCAGUAAGCUACAGCGGUAAGAAUGGCCGCUCCUUGAUAGGGAGCAUGAAUAUGCAAACAGCAAAUAAGGAUCUGGUCUGUACUGUCAAUGGGGAUGCCAGGUUCCACAAUUUGCCCUGGAACACUACUGGAGGAGGCAUUUCCAUUACUAAAUUCGGUAGCAAGUAUUUUACUGGUGCCAAAUUAGAGGAUUCCAUCACUGUCGGGCGACGAGUUCAGUUGGUCGGCAAUGCUGGGAGGAUGGUUGGCUGCGGGCAAGUGGCACAUGGAGGUGGCCUGGAAAUGACAUUCAGGGGGAAAGAUUACCCUGUGAGGGAAGAGAGCAUCACAGUCGCAGCCACCGCUCUGUCGUUCGAGAAGGAGACUGUAAUCAGCACCAAUCUUCAGUCAGACUUCCGAAUGGGCCGCGGAUCGAAAGUCUCAGUCAGCGCUAACCUAAACAGCAGGAACCUAGGCCGCUUCUGCGUCAAGACUAGCACUUCAGACCAUUCUGAGAUAGCCCUGGUAGCUGCGGUUACACUGUUCCAGUUCUUUCUCAGGAGAAGGACAGCAUCAACUGAUAAAGGUGAGCAACAGUUUGAGUUUGACACUUACUCAGAUGAGUAAACGAGUAGGACAAAGAACACAAACCAUAGCAUGAUGCAGAUGUUCAGCGACAUCAAGAUUUUGGGCUACUUGGUGAAAGUUUGGGCGUCCUUCAAAAUCUAGGAUUCCAACUUGUACAGAAUUAUUGUAUGUCUGAUGUAUAAAUGCAGCAUUUUUCUAGCAAAGAUGGGCUUAUGCCUGAUGCAAACUAGGCUGCUAUUCCCUCCGUCCCAAAAAAAGACAAACCCUGGAUUUCCGUGCCAACGUUUGACUGUCCGUCUUAUAUGAAAUUUUUUUAUAAUUAGUAUUUUCA